GUCCAGGCCCAGGGGCGCCUGAGGGCCUCCUCCUGGACUGCAGUCGCUGGGCGUGCGCGGGCGGGGGGCGCGGCGCGGCUGCCUGAGAGCCUGCAGCGGCGGGGCUGAGCUUAGGGGACCGAGGGCCCGGGCGAUUCCGCGUGUGUCGCUCGGGCAUCGGUCAGGUGUGUCAUCUGAAAAUAAGGGUAUUAGUGAAAGCUGCUUCGUGGCGUUACGCAGAGAGAAGUCGUCGUCUGUAAAGCGUUUAGCCAAGUGCUAGUUAAUAGGCGCUGGUAUAACCAUCUCAUUAAAACAUAAGAAAAUGGGCUCAGAGGAGUGCAGCUCCAGACCCAAGGUCGCAAAGGCCUAAGUCUCAAUAUCUCAGGAACAAAGUCGCUCUUGUUUGGAAGGAAGGACGGAGCCCUGGGGACAGAGUCCCACAUGGAAGAAAAGCCCAUCUGACAGGGACCACCCUCACCAGAGCUUCAGAACAGAUGCAGAAGAACUCAGAAAGGAGCGGGUCCUGUUUGCUCUACCAGUCACUGUUGUUAAUCACCUUGCUCAGAGAGAGCCAGACUUGGUGAUGUCCCCACAUCCAGAAGCCGUCAUAGACUGUGUGACAGUGGACACUGGACCAGCUUCCAGCAGGUGCUUAUCCCGCACACUUCUCUGCACUCUCCCCAGAGCAGCAGAAAAUGAACAUAUCUCAGGCAUCAGUGUCAUUCAAGGAUGUGACUGUCGAGUUCACCCAAGAGGAGUGGCAACAAAUGGGUCCAAUUCAGAGAACCCUGUACAGAGAUGUGAUGCUGGAGAACUACAAAAACCUAGUCUUAGUGGGGAACUGCACUUACAAACCCGAGGUGAUCUUCAAGUUGGAGCAAGGAGAAGAGCCUUGGUUCUUAGAGGAAGAAUUCUCAAACCAGAGCCUCCAAGUUUUAGGAGAUUGCAAAGGUGAUAACCUGUUCAAGAGGAAUAAGAGAAUCAAAGAGAAACCCUUACAGCAAGUAAUAUUCAUCAAUAAUAAACCAGUGACUAAAGAGGAAAAGAAAUUUGGGGGAAGACCAUUUAAUCUGCACAUAGCUUCUGUUUCUUCAACAAAAAUGUCCUGUCACUGUGACUCAUGGAGAGUGAAUUCACAAAAUAGUUCUCAGUUUAUCCUUAAUAAUAGAACCUAUUCAACCAAAAAAAGAGAUUCCUGUAGUGUAUGUGAAAAUUUGCCUUUCAAAAUUAAGUUUGAGAGAACUCAUGCUGGAGAAAAAUGUUUUGAAUAUAAUAAGAAUGGGAAAGCCCUCAGUUAUAAGGAAAGUCUUACUGAGCAUCAAAAGUGUCAAACUUUGGAGCAAGCUUUUGAAUAUGAUGAAAUUAGAAAAGCUUUCUAUAAUGAGGCUGUCUCUGUUACACGUAAAAGUACUCACACAGGAGAAAAAUCCUGUAAAGAUGAUGAAUUUAGGGAAAACUGUGAUAAGACAACUCUCUUUGACCACAAAAGAACCAAGACAGGGAAGAAACACUGUCGUUUUAACCAAUGUGGGAAAUCCUUUUGUGAGAAGUCAGUUGUCAAGGAGUACAAUAAAUUUAAUGUAGCUGUGAAACACUAUGAAUGUAAUACAAGUGGGAAUACUUUCAUCAGGAAGUCACACCUCACUCAACCUCAGAGAACUGUCACAGAAAAGAAUCCAUUGGUAUGUAAUGACAAAACACAAACUGGGGAUAAAUCCUUUGAAUAUUGUGAAAAUAAAUCCUACCAGACAUCAGCCCACAGAGUAUGCCAGAGAACUCACUCUGAAGUAAAGCCCUAUAAAUGUAAUGAAUGUGGGAAAUCCUUCUGUCAAAAAGGACAUCUCAUUCAACAUCAGAGAACUCACACAGGAGAGAAACCAUUUGAAUGUAAUGAAUGUGGAAAAACUUUCUCCCAGAAGUCACACCUCAGUACACAUCAGAGAAUUCACACAGCAGAGAAACCCUAUAAAUGUAAUGAAUGUGGGAAAACAUUUGUGCAGAAGUCAACCCUCAGGGGACACCAGAGAAUUCAUACAGGAGAAAAACCCUAUAAAUGUAGUGAAUGUGGAAAAACUUUUGUUCAAAAGUCAACCCUCAGAGAUCAUCAUAGAAUUCACACAGGGGAGAAAUCCUUUCAAUGUAAUGAAUGUGGGAAAACUUUUGGCCAAAAGUCAAACCUCAGAAUACAUCAGAGAACUCACAGUGGUGAGAAAACUUAUCAAUGUAGUGAAUGUGAAAAAUCCUUCUGGCGAAAAGACCAUCUUAUUCAACAUCAGAAAACGCACACAGGUGAAAAACCAUUUAAAUGUAAUGACUGUGGGAAAACUUUCGCCAGGACAUCAACCCUCAGAGUGCAUCAGAGAAUUCAUACUGGGGAGAAACCAUUUAAAUGUAAUGAAUGUGGGAAAAAAUUUGUCCGGAAGGCAAUCCUUAGUGAUCACCAGAGAAUUCAUACAGGGGAGAAGCCCUUUCAAUGUAAUAAGUGUGGAAAAACUUUUGGCCAGAAAUCAAACCUCAGAAUACAUGAGAGAACGCACAGUGGGGAGAAAUCUUAUGAACGUAAUGAAUAUGGAAAAUUGUAUAAGAAAUCAACUCUAAAUGUAUGCCAGAGAAUUCAGGGAGGGGGAAAACCCUAUUGAUAUAAUAAGUAUGGAAACUCCUGGCUAAAAAAAACAACCCGUUUGACAUCAGAAAAUCACACAGGAGAGAAACUGUGUAAAAAAUGAAUGUGGGAAGAAAUUUGUCCAAGAGGCAACCCUGAGAGUAUAUUAAAGAAUUCCCGCAAGCUUCUAUUUCUUUCAAGGUACUAGAGGAAGCCCUUUUGAAUGAUGUCAUGUCCUAUUAGAUGACUCACACAUCACAUGAGCUGGUAAUCUGUUCACUAGUAAGAAUUUAGGUUUUUUUUUGUCGAGGCACAUAGCUGAUCUAAACUUCCCAGUCUCCCUGUCAUCUAACUGGGGCUUUGUAACUGGCUAGUGGGAUGUGGAUGCCACACCCAGUUCUCACGAAGAAAGACCUCCCUGACAAACUACCAGGCCACUGUCAGAACAUGGAGACGACUUCCAGGACAACCUUGGGCGCCAUGCUUUAACAGCACAGCACAGGAUCAAAGCUAGAGUGCCUGUGCCUGGGGCCGCCCUAUGGCAGGGUGGUUAAAGUAACACACGCUCUGCUUAGGCCCAGUUCACAGGUUCAGAUCUGGACACAGACCUACUCUACUCAGUGGCCGUGCUGUGGAGGCUUCCCACAUACAAAAUAGAGGAAGAUUGGCACAGAUGUUAGCUCAGCAUGAAUUUCCUCACCAAAAGACACCCAGGGUGCCUGGAAUGUGUGGAAAAAGAUUCUCUCUUCUACAUCUUUAUCACUUGAAUAUUUUGUGAACAAGAGUUAGGCUUGUAUUCUGUUGAGCUACAUGUUUGGCUCUGUUUGUUUCUGCACACAAUUUAGCCAUGUCUCUGCUAGGAAGGCAGAAAAUUACUGUGAAAGAUAAACUUACAUCAGCCAGAGAGUGCAAACCUUAUUAGAGAGUUGGUGUGUCAAGGAGUCCCUCAAAGAUCAUCAGAGAAUUUGUACAAAAGACAUUCUUUCAGUGCACUGAAAUAGACAGGACCGCCUGAUACAGGGCUUUGGAUGAACCUAAAAAGUUGGAAGAUUUUUGGUUGAAGGGUGAGUAGCCAUCAUGCGACUAAAAUAAAGGGGACUUUCUUAAUGUCAUGAA